UCCAAUCACAGCAUAGUCUGAUCCCUCCCAUUCUUUCCGGUCUCCUUCGUUCUCUUCCUGUGUAUAUGUGCGAGUGAUACGGUACCAUUCCCGGUGCCGAAGAAAUGGCUGUCUUGCUAUCCACAGUUAAACUCCCUUCCAUCACGGCCCAGCUGAGCUCGAAGAGUUUCAGCAGCAGCAUCAUACAAGAGCAACCAAUUACAGAUAGUCGUUUUUUAAUAGGUUUGAGUAUGGGGACAAACACAAUACAGACCAAGAAAGUUUCGUUUAUCAAUCUAGCAGUAAAGCAUAACCAAACAAGUAUUGAAACAACCCAGAAAGUUAGUGGGAAAAUUACGCUUAAAAAAGGCGGCAGGAACCCGGUUUUGAGCGAGGGAAGAGAUGAGGAUGAGAACUACGGGCCUAUCUGUCCUGGUUGUGGAGUCUUUAUGCAAGAUAAGGACCCAAACCUUCCUGGGUUCUAUAAACGAAGGUGUGUGGCUGAAACAGAAUUUUCGGGGGGUGACGAGGGUAUGGUGAGUGAGUUCCUAGCUUUGGAUAAUGAACAUGAUGAAGAAGAAGAAGAAGAAGAAGAAGAAGUGGAAGAGGGCUUUUUUAAUGGCAUUGAGGAUGAGUUUGAGGCGAGUGAUGAGGGAGAAGGUGAUUUUGGAACGGCGGAUGAGUUUGAUUGGGAUUCCGAUGAGUGGGAAGCUAAGUUAAACGAGGAAGAGGAUAAGUCGGAUCUGGAUGGAUUUGCGCCGGCGGGGGUCGGUUAUGGUAAUAUUAACGAGGAUACAAUCGAAAAGGCAAAGAAGAAGAAGGUGUCAAAAGCGGAGAAGAAGAGGAUGGCUAGGGAGGUUCAUAAAGAGAAAGAAGAGGUUACAGUGUGCGCUCGGUGUCAUUCAUUGAGGAAUUAUGGGCAAGUGAAGAACCAAACAGCCGAAAACUUGAUACCCGAUUUUGAUUUUGAUAGGUUGAUCGCUACCCGGCUGAUGAAACCCACUGGGAAUGGCAAUGCUACUAUAGUGGUUAUGGUUGUUGAUUGUGUUGAUUUUGAUGGCUCUUUCCCUAAACGGGCGGCAAAAUCAUUGUUUAAGGCAUUGGAAGGAGCCAAAGACGACCUCAAACUUAGCAAAAAGCCACCAAAACUUGUUCUUGUGGCUACAAAGGUUGAUCUUCUUCCAUCGCAAAUUUCACCUGCCAGGUUAGAUAGAUGGGUUCGGCAUCGUGCUAGGGCUGGAGGUGCACUCAAGCUAAGCGGCGUUUAUUUGGUUAGUUCCCUUAAGGAUAUGGGUGUGAGGAAUCUGUUGUCCUUCAUCAAGAAUUUGGCUGGUCCUCGAGGUAAUGUGUGGGUAAUUGGGGCUCAGAAUGCAGGCAAGUCUACUCUAGUCAAUGCAUUGGCAAAGAAAGAAGGUGCAAAAGUUACAAAGCUCACGGAAGCUCCAGUCCCUGGAACAACUCUUGGCAUCUUGAGAAUUGGGGGGAUUUUAUCAGCCAAGGCUAAAAUGUUUGACACACCUGGGCUUCUACAUCCAUAUUUAAUGUCCAUGCGAUUGGACCGUGAGGAGCAGAAAAUGGUUGAAAUAAGGAAGCAGCUACAACCUCGGACUUAUAGAAUGAAGGCUGGCCAAGCCAUACAUGUUGGUGGUCUUACAAGGCUAGAUCUUACUCAAGCUUCUGUGGAAACAAUUUAUGUCACAAUUUGGGUUUCUCCAAAUAUUUCUCUACACUUUGGAAAGAUAGAAAACGCAGAUGAGAUUUGGAGAAACCAUGUCGGUGUUAGGUUGCAGCCUCCGAUCGGCAUGGAACGUGCUUCUGAAUUAGGUGAAUGGGAAGAGAGGGAAGUCAAAGUGUCCGGAAGAAGUUGGGAUGUGAAUAGUAUUGACAUUGCAGUGGCUGGUUUAGGAUGGUUCUCUUUUGGUCUUAAAGGGGAAGCAACCUUGACAUUGUGGACAUAUGAUGGCAUUGAAAUAACCCUAAGAGAACCUUUGGUUCUUGACCGAGCGCCAUUUCUUGAGAAGCCUGGGUUUUGGCUACCAAAGGCAGUAACUGAUGGUGCUUCCAGCCAAACCAAAGUUCAAGUUCAUAAAAAGAAAAGGCUUCAAGAAGUGAGUGCAGAUUUCCUUUCAGAUGCAUCUGUUUGAAGAGAAUAAAGAAAGAAAAAGAAAAGCACAAUUGAUAUGAUACUUUUCCAGUCAGUAACAUAAUCAUGCUCCAGGCUUCCAAAAUCUAGGCCAUCGUUUUGAUUAGGAAAAAAUUUCUCCAGGCUUCCAUUUUUUCAGGUUUUCGAGCAUCCAGCUUUUUGUCAGAUGGGUUGCAAGUAUGUAAUGUUUUCCACAUUCAUAGUAGCCAGUCUAAACGGUGCUCUUGUUCAACUGAUGGACAGUGAAAUCAAGUGUAUUUUAUAUCAGUUUAACAAUCAUCGUUUUAUAA